GACUUGUGGAACCAGUCUGACUUACUGUGUAGUUGCUGUGACACUGAUUUAUAUUUAUAUACAAAGAGUAGCAAUGACGGAUGGUUCAUAGAGAAAGAGACAGAGAAGUGAUCAGACGUGCAAGCUGAAAAAGCCCAAAAAUGGGUGUUUCUACCUCACGUAGUGGACAAUGCCACCCACGUCAGUCCCCGAUCAAUAUUUAUACCAAAAAAGUCAGAUAUGAUUCUUCCUUAAAGCCUCUGUAUAUCUACUAUGAUCCUAAAUCAUCACGAAGACUUGUUAAUAUCGGGCACUGUUUCAAUGUGGAGUUUGAAGACACCAAUGAUAAGUCAGUUAUAAGUGAUGGACCACUGGCUGGGUUUUAUCGCUUACGUCAGUUUCAUUUUCACUGGGGGUCUUCAGACAAAGAUGGCUCUGAGCAUGUAAUAGAUGGACAAGAAUAUCCUGCUGAGUUGCAUAUAGUGCAUUGGAAUGCACAGAAGUAUCCAUCCUUUGAUGAAGCGGUGAAACAUUCAGAUGGUGUGGCUGUAAUAGGUGUGCUACUGAAGAUUGGAGAGACAAAUCCAGUGAUUCAAAAUAUAAUAGAUAAUCUGGACCAUGUUAAAACAAAGAAUAAAGAAUGUCCAUUCACACAAUGCGAUCUUUCAAGCCUGCUGCCAAGUGACCGAAACUAUUGGACGUAUCAAGGGUCCCUAACAACAAGUCCUUAUUCAGAAUGUGUCACAUGGAUUAUCUUCCAGGAGGCGACACUUAUUAGUUCCGACCAGCUUAACCAUUUUCGUGGUUUACUCCGUACUUCAGACAAUGAAGAUCCAGCCUUUAUAUUAGAAAACCACAGACCUCCUCAACCCCUUGAAGCCAGAGUUGUCAGAUCUUCAUGCAAAAAUAAGAUGCACAAACCAUAAGUCAUUUCUCUCCUCAUCUAUGGACAUGGUCAGACAAUACCCAUUUCACUGGAAGAUAAUCAGUACAGGCUGUUAUGGAUCAUUCUUUCCAACAGACCUUUCUGCAUUGACUAUAAUAGACAUAUACUAUAAUGAAACAAGCAGAAAAUUCAAUAUUCAGGAUACUUAAAUGUCACCCUGCUAUUAAAUAUACAUAUAUUAUAUUAUGUACUGAGCAUGUAGCCCUGAAAGCAAUUCCAUUAAAAUCCAGGUUUAUGCCAAUUCUGUAUACUGUAUAUAGAGUGUAUAGUUUACUGUAAAGACCUAUUGAUCUGCUGGAUAAUCCUUACAUACAUUAGAUGUUAGUUAUCAAUUUGGUGAUCAUUAAAUAUUUAUUCUCCCAAUUCUCUGGAAAUUGAACUUUGGCUAAAAUGUUUUCUAAAUCUUGAGCAGAUACAUAUAGGGGGUAUUUAUCAAUUUUGCCUGUUGACAGUUUCUUUUUACACUUUUUUUUUCACCUCGGUUUUUGCGGACGUGCGCCAAAUUUAUCAUUUGGCGCACGUUGUUAGUAAUUAUGGUGCAAACACCAAAAUCGGCUGUUCGCAGCACCUUUUACACAGAUCUUAUCACCACAGACAGCGUAGUUUACCCUGUAGAGCGGCCAUUUCGGAGUCCCUCCUGCAGUAUAUCAGCAAGUGACAUGAGUUGUUUUCUUUCGUGGGGUUUAUAGCCACCAUGUGAAAUGGAUUUUAUUUUUAACUUGAGUGUUUUUUUUUUUUUUGUUGCUUACCUUUCCUGAACCUGUGUGGCCAUAUCCAAUGCUGGCUCAACGGAGGUCCCUCCGAGACAACCAUGUCACAGGAUAGUAAUGCGCAGCCCUGAGGCGUCUCUGUUUUCACAUAAACAUUUUUUUAUGUAUUUUGACGCCUUUACAUUUUUUGACAUUGCUAUGUGUGUUUUCCGUGUACAACAUUUCUUGGCAGCUAAUUGCGCCAAAUAAAAACCCCUAAAGAUGCAAAAUUGCACCAAAGUUCAAUUAGCGCAAAUGGUGAAUUACUGACCAAAGCAAAAAAUCACACACAGGAACGUUAAAGUUCUAAAUUAUAGUGGAGAGAAUGCAUCAAACUUUGGUGCAAAAAGACACUGCGUCAAAGAAUUGCACCAAAGUUCUGAAAAAAAAACACAUAAAUUUGUUGAUAAAUACCCCCCAUAAAGAAUAAAUUGAUGUAAAUAUGGGGGAAGGGGGGGGGGGCAUGCUGAGUGCUUUUAUGCAGCCUUUGUUACAUAAAGGAGAAGUAUCAUGCCUAAAAACGUAUCCCCUAUCCUGCGGACUGCUGAGACCCCCUGCAAUCUCUUUUACGGGGCCCCCGGCUCUCUCUGGGAACGGGUAAGACGGGGCCCCGUGCAGGAGAUCGCAGGGGGUCCCAGCGGUCAGACCCCUCGCGAUUUGAAACUUAUGCCCUAUGCUGUGGAUAGGGGAUAAGUUUUUGGGCAUGAUAUAUCUCCUUUAAUGGUGACUUCUAAUAAAUGUAGUUUUUACCAUUAAAUAUAUGAAAUGAUUCACUUCAUAUGCUGGGCUGUAUGUGAGAAUUACUUCAUGCAGAUCUGUCUAAAUACACAGCAAAAAACGUAUUGCAUUACAUGCAGAUUUUGUUGCAGGUUUACUAUGGAUUUUUAUACAUAGAAUGUAAAUAAAUCACAAAUCCAAAAAAUAAUGAGUGGCUGCGGCUGCAAAUCUGCAGGUAAAUGUUACAGCUGUUUUGACCCGUGUGGAAUCACUUAAGAAUUUUACUGGGAAAAUGUUGGAUUUUUUUCUGCUGUAUUCUACAGACAAAGUUGUA